AUGGAUUUUGACCAGCGGAUUUUGGAUCGAGUGGCAUCUCGAACCGUCCUUAUCACUGGGGGCGCUGGGGGCAUUGGUGCCGCUGCAGCUAAAGUCUUCAACGAACAUGGUGCCAAUGUUGUUCUUGCCGACAUCCCCGCGGUUAAAGAUCAAGCACAAAAUGUGCUUGCAUCCCUACCUCAUCCCCGCAAAGCAGCCUACAUUCCUGUUGAUAUCCUCAACUGGAAACAAAUGAACGAUCUUUUCCAGCGUACUGUGGAAGCUUUCGGAGACAUCCACAUCGUGGUAGCUAAUGCCGCAAUUAUGGAAUCAACUGAGACACUGAGUAUGGAAAACAUGGAUAAUGAAGGGAAUUUGAGGGAGUCUGAAGAGGCUUUUCGUGUCAUCGAUGUCAACUUGAAAGGAACAUUGAACAGUAUCUCCCCACCUCUCUCUUUUCCACCCGAUCUUGCCAGUGGCGCUAACUACUGCCUCCCAGCUUUGAGACUGGGCAUGCAUUAUGUAAUGUCAUCUUCGUCCAAAAACGAUACAAAACAACUGCCUGCUAUUAUUUUAGUGGCCUCGACAUCAGGAUAUUUCGGAGAUACGGGAGUCGCAGCAUAUGUCGCUUCGAAACACGGGGUAAUCGGCUUACUACGAGCGUCGCAGACAGCUGCACAGAAAUACGGCAUUGCGGUUAAAGCAAUCGCACCGUUCUUUACUCCAACUCAAAUCACGACAGGGUUAACGGAAAAAUGGAAAGCUGCCGGACUUGAAACCAACACUCCAGAGAUGGUAGCGCGUGCCAUUGUGCGGUCAUCCGUUGACGACACUAAGAGUGGAGCAUGUACAUUGAUUUCUGGGAGGUUCCAGCAGGAGCUAGAGUUUACCAGGAACAAUGGUAUGCCACAAUGGCUGGGCGAAGACUUGUCUCAAUUCAUGAAGCGUGCGUUUACCUUCCUAAAAGAUAUAGGUGGGUUUGCUCUGCCGAAGGGACUGCCUGGGCGCAAUGCAUGA